GAGCAAGGCUCCAACGGUGCAUUCUUGCCUAUUGCCGUUCCCAAGCCAACGUCGAAUUCGCACCGGUGGCGCACCGCGGAUUCUGAAGAGCCACAUUUCUUGGAGAAGAAAGACAACACUGCUGACGGGCACACCAUGAAGCCAUCUGCAGUGCUAUCGAGGCUUAUUACCCCUCUACUCUUCCUCUUGGUGCUCGUGGCGGGUGCGGCCAGUGCAGAGGACCCUCCCCCGGCACCUGAUAGCCACACGUCGGCCGACACGCAGGACGUGCCCAUCCCUGUUCCCAACCCCGCCAAGGCGCCGCCCAUGGUGCUGCCCGGCCCUUCCCCGCGGCUCCGUCGUGACGGUAUCAAGGACGGCGUAGCGCAGCCCUUCAAGGUGCCCUACUUCCCCAAGAGAGUCCACUCGCUGCCCCCGCCAGGCUUCCCUCUGCCGCCGCCAUUCCACUCCAUCUUCGCCGACCUCUUCAACGUGUUCGACAAACUACCGCCUCCGGGCAGCAUCCACGGCACACACGGCGGCCCUGCCGCUCCCGAUGAGGUCGUGGUCAUCUCCAUGAACGGCCCCAGACCGCCCGGGAUGGUGCAUAGCGGCCCAGGAGGCGGCGGGCGGAGCCCACUGGAUGAUCUCUUUGACAUGGGGAUGGACGACGGGGUGCAUUCGUUGAUUGGGGACAUACUGCAUCAUGACCCCGACUUUGUGCCGUUGAAGCACGACCUACCCAAGCUGUUCCCUAUAGAGUUUUUGCCGCCCCCGCCGCCGUCAGUGGUGGGCAAUGGCGGGCGAGGGAGGGGCAAGAAGCCCAGUGUGGCGACCAAGGUCACCAUGAAGGCCACAUACGUGCCAUCAGGUUGGCAGGGCGGGAGACGGGCGGGAAGUGCGCUGACGCUUUUGAUGCGUGUGUCGCUCUCUCUCCCUGUGUCUGUCUGUCUGUCUGUUGUGCAGAUUUGGACCACGACAUUUUUAAUUUCAAUGACAUCUUCGACAGUGCGCUGCCUUUGGUCCCGCACAUCAUCAAGAACCUGCAGAGCGCUCCCAAAGACGAGCGGUUCGCAUGCGAAGAUGACGUAGCCAAACUACAGUGGUGGGUUGGGGCGAUGAGGCAAGACAGAAAAGGAGAUACGUGGAACCAACCGGUGUGUGUGUGUGUGUUUGCCAUACGCCAGCACGACCAUCAGCACGUUGUUUUGUCUGGGUCUGCACAAGGAUGACGUGUCGCCCAAAUGCAGAGACAAAAUCCGACAUUCAGUGAGCAUGUCAACUCAGCACAGACAGGGCCGGUCAGGGCUGGUGGGUGGGGUAUGUCUUAUCCUGCUCUCUGCGCGCGUGGUUGUUACGCUGCCACCCACCCCCAUGCAGGUGCCGUUUGCGUGUGCCCAUGAGAUCCAGGAGCACUGCACCACCUCAUCCCUCUUCACAGACGUAGCCGCAUGCCUCAACCACAAAGUAAGUGACCAUCCCUCCCCAUCCGCCCCCAUCCCCCCAACACACGGCCACUGCCCUCUGUCUGUGUGUGUGUGUGUGUUGGAUGGGAUGCCAUUUAUUAUCAGGAAGGCUCAUUGAGUAAGGAGUGUAUGGUUAGCCUGCAGCACACCCACGAGGCCGUCGGCAAGGUGGGCCAGCUGCCCCACCACCGAAGGCUCGCUGACAAGGUCCAGGAGAAACAUCAGCACACGGCACACGCACACAAGCAGACCAAGAAGGACCACCGUAGCGCCGGACAUGCGGGGGGCAAGGGGCACUCUUGGUGGCGCUGGGUGAUCGGCAUACUUGUGGUGGCCAUUAUCGUGGCAAUUGUGGCGAGAAUCAUCAAGUAGGCCGCUGUGCACAUUGGUGUCUCGAUCUCUUGUUGCCUCUCUGUCUGUCUGUCAGUCGCCGUGACAAGGCCCCCUCCUCGCUGUUCCACCUGUUCCCCUCCAAGUAUCCCCGCACCCCCUACACAAGCUACCACCGGCCUACCACCGGCGCCGGCAUCCCCAUGGCCCCCGCCCCCUCCCACACCACACAGAGCAAGAAACAGACCAAACAGGACGUCCCCCUCACCCAGCAGCCACCCACAAACACCGACGACGACACAAACGCCUCCGUGCAGUCCUUCUCCAUCUCCACCCCUUCUGCACGGACCACGUCGAUCGGCAGCACCUGCCUGAGCGAUGACGACAGCCGAUACAGUGCUGCUGGUGCUGCUGGUGCUUUUGGUGACGUGUGUGUGCCGCCGAGGAGCGGGGGCGACGAGUGCGGUCUGGUGGGCAAGUUUGUGGGGCCGCUGAUGCCGCGGGGGGGCGGCCCUGCAAAGGGCAAAAACGACUGAGUAGCUGACGGAUAAUGGAUGGGGUAGAUGUGAG